CUAAUGUUGCCCGACCCUUGCCCAUUAUCUCCUACACAAUCGGGCUGUAAAAGCUUUAUUUCUGUGCGACCAAAAUCCACGGCCUCCUCAACAUGUGGCAAGAAAAUUACACAGUUGGGUGCAGACGGGAUGCGUCUCCCUCGAUACCAUUCUAAAACUUAUGCAACAAAUUAUUACAAUACAGCAAGACAGAUGAUCUAUCCUCGUUACACGGAAGAAGCUUGGACAUUGGCUACAAAAACGGCUGAGGCAAAUUCUGGGCAGGAGAGGGCUGAAGCCGAGGAAUUCCGAUAUGCAACUUGGCGAACGAUGGCUGAGAUUGAAAGGAAAGCAAAGGAACGUCAAAAGCUGAGUACUAUGAAAUUAAAGAACAGAAUAGACGCAAUCAAUUACUGGAUCAACGAGUUGGCUUCGGAGAUCAGUCUAAUGGACGAAGAGCAGGAUAAGUGCAAGGACAGGUUACGACAUUUGGAACUAAUGAGGGAACAUAUAAGAAAAUCCAUGGAAAUCGGUGAGCAAUGUUUGUCCAACCGUGAAAAUCGUCGAGGCAUAGACGAAGUCAAGGACUGCGCCGAACGUGCUUUAAAUAAAGAAGCGAAAACCAUUGAACAAUGUCUAGCACAAAUUGAUCAAAUCCUACAUGCUGGCGCCGUGCAACAGAAGUAA